ACAACUCUAAUAAACCUACUCGUGUUUCAUUUGAACCAGUUAGUUUAAAUAAUAGCAUACCGAUACCAGCCCAUAAUGUAGCUCGGUCAAUUCACCAAAGUCAAGACUUCUAUAACCAUAACGAUUAUUCAUCAAGUUAUGCAAGUCGUUCAAGAUCAUCCUAUAACCUCGACCCAGAAUUAAUUCAUAAUUCUGAUUACAUACCAUCAAAUAUUCCAAUUCAGUCGAAUUUUACGAAUCAAAACUUGACUUAUGAUACUUAUUCGUCAAAUAAAAAUGCUAAUAGAUUACAAGUUCCAUUUAAUGGUACAAAUAAUUCUGAAGAUAGAUUUGAUUCUUCAUUGCAACAAAAUUCUUACAAUCAUUAUAAGGAAAAUGAUUUAAUGACAAAUUUACGACCUCAACGUACAUCACAUCCACCAGUAAAUCCUCAUAAUACAACUACUCAAGAUGAACAAUCAUUGGUUAAUUGGUUAUACACACAGCCGGAUUUGAUUACUCAAGUACAAAAUUUGUCAACAGCAUCUCCAUAUAAG